CAGUGCUGCAUCGACUGCACCUUCUAGCGUGUGUGCGCAUGAACGCUCGCUCGUAAAUGAGCAGUGUUAGCUACGCUCCUGACAGCCGUUCAGAUUGUGCUCGGACUAUUCACAAUCUGAAGAGUAAAUGGCCAAUCUGUCAUUUAAAGAGCGGCUGUCCUCUCUGUCUUUUCAGAAGAUGGGCGAGUCAUUGAGCAACUAAGAAGGCUAUUCCGCUUGGACGUGGGAGAGGAAAGCAAUAUAGCAGGAAAGGAAUACGUUGGUUAGCUAGCUAAUGUUAGCUUGCCAGUGCAAUGCAGGCCUUUGUAUGUGUCCCAGAUGAUGUGAGGCAACUCAGCGUGUAGGCACCACCAUGACUGAAGUUCAGGCCACGGUGGAGUUCUCAGUGGAGCUCCACAAGUUUUACAAUGUGGACCUGUUCCAAAGAGGGUUCUACCAGAUUCGUGCCAGUCUGAAGAUUCCACCUCGGGUGCCGCAUAAAAUUGAAGCCAGUCUUCUUCACCCAAGCGGCUCUGAUCUCGCAUUUCCCGCUUCAGUCCAAGACGAUGUCAUCUCCAGCAAAACCUUUCAGAUUCUGUACAAGAAUGAAGAGGUUGUCGUCAACGAUGUGCUCAUCUUUAAAGUCAUGUUGCUUCUGGAUGAGAAGAAGGUGGAGGAUUUUCUCUCUGAUUUGGAUUUCCAGCUCCUGUUAGAUUUGUAUUUCACUGAUGGUGAUUACACACCAGACGAGCCAAGCUCAUUACAGAAUAUCAGCAGCCGCACACUCCGUUUGCACUUUAGCCUUCAGCGAGGCAUCCACCAGCACAUUAACGUCAUGUUUGACUACUUCCACCUUUCGGUCAUGUCCGUCGCUAUUCACGCCUCCCUUGUGGCGCUACAUCAACCACUUAUCAGUUUUCCUCGGCCAGUGAAGACAACAUGGCUUAAUCGCAAUGCCCCGGCACAGAGCAAGGACUCAGUUAUCCCGCCUCUAGAGAACGUGGUGUUUGGCAGCAGUUAUGUCAAGCAGGUGUCAGCAGAUGGCAGGUCAUUCCUGGUAUCCGACCACUGUGUGCAGCAUGCCCUCACCCUCCACCAUAACAUGUGCUCCAGUCUCUUACUUGCCUACCAGGGCCUGUUUGACUACUUCACCAAUGUCACUAAGGACCUGCCAUCUUCCCAUCGUAUGGAAUUAGCCAAGCCCAGCAUGCAAGUCCUAUAUGAGCGAGUACUAAGAAGACCCUAUCCCCGAAGUCAAAGGCACGUCUACAUAGAAAAACAUGACUUGGAGGCCCGUCUCACUGAGUUAUGUGAACAAGUGAAGCAAAAAGCAGAGUCCCCUGAUGAGUUGGCAGAACUGGUUAACAUGAAUCUUGCCCAACUCUGCUCUCUGUUGAUGGCUCUCUGGGGACAGUUUCUCGAGAUUGUCUCCCUGCAGGAGCAAGUUGCUGCUCUUCUCGCUGUGGAGCACCACACACUAAGAGUGAGGAGAUUUGCAGAGGCCUUCUUCUGUCUCGAACAUCCAAGACAGUCUGCUUUGGCCUAUCAGGAGCUAUAUGCCCACAGUCACCAGCAGAUGACUAAUGCCAUCAAAAGUUCCAGCUACUUUCUUGCUCUGCCUCCACUUCCAGUGGAAUGUGCAGAUUUGGACGGCGACAUUAGCUCUCUUCCGAUCAUUUUUGAGGAUCGCUACCUAGAUAGUAUCACUGAAGAUCGCGACGGACCCUGGAUGGGCAUGCACAACACACGGUCAACGUCAGUGCCAAGUAAAUCAGAUAAAUCUAGUUCUAAGGACUGCGCUGCAGUGGCCAGUCUUCUACCAUCGGAUUCUCAAUGCACUUCUGCAACUAAAACCUGGUCUGACAGCUUUGAGCCACCUCCAAAAUCCAAAGGAAAAUCUGUCAAACUGAAGAAGAAUUCAAAGAUUGAGAAUCCAAAGAAGCUAAUUAGACAUGGCUCCAAGGACUCAGUGAUUCUGGUGGGUUAUAAGAAUCUCAAAGCUCCUUUUGCUGACCCUAACGCCAAGCAUAAGGAAGGGGGUGCUCCCCUGAACUCAGCGGAGGACCAAGAUGCCUUGCAAGUGGACUCGAUUAGUUGUUUAAGGACUAAUGAUGAUUCCGUCUCUGACCCCGGUGCCUCGUUGUCACAUUUUGUUAAGACUGUGGUUGAGUCCGUCUCUGAUGACAAUAGAACUUAUACUGCUGCUUGUCAUCAGACAGACACCGGAACUGGCGCUAUGUGCCAACAACCUCCUAACAAAGACGACCAAGUCGAUCGUAGUAACCAAAAGCCGCUGCAGUGGUCUGCUGGACCUAAGCAAAUUGAUGUUAAACCAAGUCUCAAAAAUGAAGGUGGAAAAGUUACAGUUAUUACGCCGUGUCGGACCGAUGGUGCUAAUAACAGCAAUAUUCCAGAGAUUACCCAGACAGAAUGUUACUCUAGCCAGUCUGUGGUGGAGACAACACAACAUUGCCAGCAUCCCUGUCUGGUCUCGGUACAAGUAAAGAGUGAUUGUAUCAGGCUGCCCGAUGGAGCAGCCCCGAGUGCCUCUUCCCGCCUCUCAGACUCUGGCAUUGAGAGUGAGCCCAGCUCUUUUGCAGCUCAUCUUGUUUCAGGGUCUCAGGGACUCAGUGUGGUUGACUCAACAAUGGCUGGCCCCCAGCCAGAGAAGACGACAGUGAGUUCUGCUCUCAGGCCUGCGCAGCCAAGCGAAGUGCAACAGCGCUCUGAGGCAGCAGAGUCUCUUCAGCCAGAAGAUAGCCGUGCUGCCAGAGGGGUUCAGUCAUCGCUCACUUCUAUCAAUUCCUUGCCUUCAGACGAUGAAGGUGAAUAUUCAAGUGGAGCUGACGUAUUUUGCAGAAGGUCUAGUAUUGUGGUACAGGAGCAGAGUGUUGUGUUUUCUGGGGAGCACACAAACAAACCCGCCGUUGAUGCGGCCUGUCCCUCAGAUUCCGCAACAGUAGAUUCCCAGCUACUAAAAUCUACCUGUGAUUUUGAAAUAGACCCCAACCUUAUUGGGAGUCCUGAGGGCAGACUGGAGGAGGAAUCUGGUCUCGAGGCCUUCAAAGAGUCUCGGAGUGAACCCCAAACUGCAUGCCACUCAAGUAACUCCGCCACUAGUAGCACUGACCUGGUAAAACGUGGCAUGGUAGAGAAUUAUUUUGGCUCAACUUCCAGCACAGAUGUAUCUGAGAUAAGCCCUAUAGAAACCUCCGCUAUCACUCUGGGAAUCCAAACAGGUCCUCAAGUUGAGGAGGAUGAAGAUGAAGGUGAGCACGAAAUGAUCGAGAACGGCUACUACGAGGAAGGAGAUGCCUAUGCCUUUGUCAAUGGGGUUGCCGAUGAGGAGCAAACUGGUGCUGGUAGCGCAGCUGCUCAGGACACGCAAGUUCUGUUCGAACAGCUCGUCAUCGGCCACACGCACGAAAAGCAGGAUUCCUCAAAAGCUCCUGACUGCUCCAACGUCGCCUCUGGUAGCACUGGGCAGAGGGCACGGAGACAUCAUCCUUCUUUCUCCAUGUCUUGUAAUCUCAAGUGGUAUGAAUGUGUACCUGCACCGCAGAUGAAGGAAUUCAUCAAGGCCAAGGAAGAAAUGAAGCAAUUGAAGCUUCCGGGCAUCUUGUACAGCGAAGUUCCAGAGCUGGCGUCCACAGUACCCUACUUCAGCUUGGAGGAAGAUGAAAGCUGCGACGAGGGCAUUCAUCUUAUUGUUUGCGUGCAUGGCCUGGACGGCAAUAGUGCAGACCUGAGACUAGUGAAGACUUAUCUGGAGCUCGGGCUCCCCGGUGCUCGUAUAGACUUCCUUAUGUCCGAGAGAAACCAGAAUGACACCUUCGCAGACUUUGAGUCAAUGACAGACAGGCUGUUGGAUGAAAUAAUUCAGUAUAUUCAGCUUUACAACCUUACUCUUUCAAAAAUAAGUUUUGUGGGUCACUCGCUGGGGAAUUUGAUAGUUCGCUCUGUACUGACCAGGCCCAGGUUCAAAUGUUACCUGAGUAGGUUACACACCUUCCUUUCACUCUCUGGUCCUCAUUUGGGCACACUGUACAACAGUUCAGCAUUGGUCAACACUGGCCUUUGGUUCAUGCAGAAGUGGAAGAAGUCUGGGUCAUUGCUGCAGCUGACUUGCCGUGACCAUUCAGAUCCUCGACAGACUUUUCUCUAUAAGCUCAGCAAGAAAUCUGGUUUGUGGUGCCAUUUUUGCCUUUUUUGCUUUUUAGCUACAAGUACCUCUAAUGAUGUUUUGUCUGCAGGUCUGCAGUUCUUCAAGAAUGUGGUUCUGGUGGGUUCACUGCAGGAUCGCUACGUUCCCUAUCAUUCUGCUCGGAUAGAGAUGUGCAAAACGGCAUUAAAAGAUAAACAAACCGGUCCCGUGUAUGCUGAGAUGAUUGAAAAUCUGCUGCUGCCAGUACUUCAGAACAAAGACUGCAACCUCGUCCGAUAUGAUGUCAUCCACGCGCUUCCCAACACAGCCAAUUCUCUCAUCGGUCGGGCUGCCCACAUCGCUGUUCUCGAUUCAGAGAUCUUCCUGGAGAAGUUCUUCCUCGUUGCCGCUCUCAAGUUCUUUCAGUAGAACUGCAUGAGGGAAAAGAGAAUGUGGAGCUAAUAGCUCACUUCAUUUGAAUUUUACUCCAGUGACCAUUGUUGGACUACUUAUAUAUACUUUUUAAUGAACCAAGUCAUGCAUCCUAAUUAUUUUUUCUCUCUCUGUUCACAGUAAUAAUGGAGUUUGGUUUUAUUUUUCUACUGCCAAUCAUGUGUUUGCAACAUUUCUGCCAAGUUUUCAUUAUUCUGUUCAUUGUUAUUUAUGUAUGUUCCUAUACAACUGUAUAUUUGAUUCAUUUUAGCUGUUGAAAUGAAACUAGAGCUGCUACAUUGUUAAAAUGGAAAGUCUGCACAUAGUCCCCAUUUGAAAACCAGUUUUUAGAGACCUUGCAUUCAUUUGCACCACAACUACAUUUUACAAGCUUUUGUACAGAAAAGUCAUUUGUACAGGUUGCUUUUGUAUUGACUAUUUUCCAUCCUUUUUUAAAAGAAAUGUUUGGAUUUGAAACAGCAAUGUUAUGCUCAGACUUUGAAGCUUUUCAUUUGUUUUUAAUUCUUUAUGCAGCAUUGUGCACAUUUGCCAACACGGUGUUGGAGAAAAUAAAACUAAAGCAUAACAUUUUCUCACAGGGAGCUUAAGCAAUGCUCAUUGUUGAACAAAAGCACAUUUGAUUUAUGUCACCUGUUUAUUGAGAACGUAUUGCCAGUGUUUGGUUGGUGACAUUGGGUGAUUGUGUCAACUGGAAAGCAUUGUUUGGACUAAAACGUGUUUUAUUGGUAAAUGUUUAUAUUAUUGUACCAUUACAAUUGACUCUAUAAAACUUAAUUUCUGAUUUAACAUUA